AUGGCCGAGAGGUCAUCUUCAAGGGUCUCCCAAGGCUUGGUCAAGGUUACUGAGACUGCUGCAGACGUCAAAGAACGUGAUGGUAUAUCGAUCGACGGUUCGGACGACGAGGCGAGUGCACCGACCGACUCCGACGCACUGGAAAAGUCGUCGCUUUACCGAGCGGCCUAUGCAUCCAAGCGCACCGAUCAUAACGCCGAUAGCAUCGAACAUGGGGCACAGGAAGCCCCGGCCGAGGUGUCAGGAGCCGGAGACAAGCGUGAUGAUGGUGUUGGAGAGCUGAACGACGAUUCGGGAGAAGAUCAUGACGCGCCAGAUGUAACAGCAGCGGUGGAACCCGCCCCGCGAAUGGACGGAACAGCAACUGAUACGAAAGCACGCCCUGAACCAGAUCAAACGUCGGUCGCGUGGGGCAACGCCACUAUCGACUGGGGUGAACAUGAUCCUGGACCGAACGACAUUUUAACUGAAGCAGGAACAGCCACGACCGAGGUUAGUACCGAUGGAGAAAAUUGUGUCGAUGGCCCGGACAAAGAGGACCCUGAAUGA